CUGUGUGCAUGAACACGAUAACCCAUACAAUGCGCGAAAAUACGCCGCGAUAACCUUUAUCCAAUAAGUUUUGAAAUCACCGCAACUCUGUGACAAGCUGACCAAUCACAAGCGAAUGUGUCACUUGUUUAUCUCACUCGCGGGCACAUGGAAUAACGGUCAUCGGCAGGCAUUUUGUCCCCUUUCGCGUACAGCUGUCCGUAGCCUUUGUCCUCUGUCACACUGUGUACUGAGGUUUUUCCUGCAUGGUUCAUCUAACAAAUUAUGGUAAAUGAAAAGGUAAAGCAGCCAACAUUUGUGACGGUGAAAGUGUGUGAUGAAGCAAAAGGCGCUGAAGGUGAUUUCCACUGUGAACUGGAUAUUCUUGUGACUGAAAUGCCAUACUUUAAAGAGUUUUUGGUGAAGAAUGACCAGUUUAUAAAUGGAAUUGAAAUACUUGUUCACUGUGACCUAAACAUUUUUGAAUGGCUUCUAUCAUAUGCCAGAAGAAACAUUGAACCAACUGCUUAUCAAGAGUGUUCCUUGUCAACAACUAACGUGCUUGCGCUAUUAGUUUCAUCCAACUUUUUGAAAAUGCAAUGCUUGAUAUCCGAAUGCUUGGAUUAUUUUUGUAAACACGCAAGUACGAUUAUUGCUAGCCCUUUCUCUUUGGAUUGUCUUAAUGACAAUUUGGUUGGACGCAUUGCUUCUGGAAUGAACCUAGACCAACUCGACAAGAUUAAGGAUAAGAAGGAUAAACUGAAAAGCAAAUUGUAUAUUAAGAAGCUAGAACACUUGUUUGAUCCUGCAUAUCACACAUCAGACUGUCCAAAUAAUGCUGCAUAUCUGUAUAAUUGUUUUUUUCAGUCAUGUAAACGGUGCGGAAGACAAUUUCCAAUUAUUGAACUAGGUGAUGGUUGUUUUUAUCAUCCCAUGGAACCCAUACCAUUGCAAUCAGACCAAUUAAUUAAUGAAAAUCACUCGAAAACAGUGAAACCAAUAUUUACCAGAACAACAGAUAAAUUUCAAUCUCCUGAUUGUAAUGCGUUUAAACAAGACAUUACACCAAAUCAUCAGACAAAUUCAGAUUCUAGCGGAUUUUCCAAAAAGUACACGCAGUCAAAUACCAUUGAGAGCUUAUCUAAUCAAAUGAAACCUGGUCUAAUUCAUCCAUGCUGUGGAUUUGGUUUGUCAAGAUUCAAUCUCUUUCCAAUUCAAACUGGCUGUCAUAGGAAUGAACAUAUUUUGGACGAAGAAUCUUCAGAUCCUGUAACAAAAUUAUGUAUUCAACAUCGUGAAAUGAUUAUAUCAUGGGCAUCAAAGCGUUCAUUCAAUCCACAUAAUGCACCUGGUCUGAUGACUGUUGGAGGUUAUUCCUAUCAUUCAGUUGACUUCAAUCAAAUUAUCUUUAAUAAGGAUAUUAUUCAUACAGCUCCAGUAUUUACUCUAUUAACUUGCUUAGAUAAACAACUGAAUGAAGAUAAAACAAGCGUACUUGGUCCUAUUCGAUUGACUAUUAAUAAUCAGUCCUUAAAGUCAACAUAUGAAACAUUAUCUGCUAAUCAGUCAGAGCAGGCUUUUAUAAAAUCAAAAGUAGAAGAAAAGGAUAGUAACAAAGAAAGCUGUAUAACACCAUUAGUACAUUCUACAAAUCUAUUAUCGUCUACAUUCAGUGAACGUCUAUGGGAUUCUACAAAAUGCAAUCGAAUUAAUCAAGAUAACCAACGUCAAGAGGAUCUACGUCGAAUGCAAAGAAUAAAUGAGUUUGUAUGCGCACAACGUCAAAUAACUUCCACAAGUUCAGACAGCACAGUUUCGAAAGAAUAAUCAAUUCCUAUGAAUUGUAAAAUACUUCAAAAAUAAAAUGUUUCCAAACAAAUGUAAACUACUACAUAGAAACUACUUCAUAAAAGGAAAUGACAAGCUUCAAGAGAAAAUCAAACAUUGUUCCACACCUUCUAUCAAAUACCCGUUAUGCAUAAAACAUGCAAAAAUAAUUCUUGAAACUACCUUAAAAAUAAAGAAAUCCAAAAAACGAUACUUUCAGGCUAUUACAGUAAUAAAAUAUCUCAAAAGUCAAAAGCCAGUUGUUUUAGCCUGCCUGUAGACUGCCUUUUUCCGGAGAUUACUCACUUGGGUUUACCUUUGUUAGUUAAGACACAUUUUACGUGAAACAUCAGUAACCCGUGAAGGAAAGGAGAGUAUAUUAUUUGUAUUGAAAACCUUUCUAGUCUUCCCUCUCAUUAAAAAGAUAAUUCAAUAUAUAUUAUAGAUUUCAGCUGUUGCUACAUCUCAAUACUGUUACAGCUUCACGUUAGGUUGCCCGUGAAAAUCAGAUUAGUCUAAAGUAUCGCAAUGAUAUAGUUUGCAAGACUUUACUUUCUAGUGAUGAACUAC